AUGUCUUCCCUCCGCGCCAACUUCCCCCAACAAGUCGGCUCCGAAGGCCCCCCGAUUGCCAGCCGGGGUCGUCGUGAGUCCUACGCCCGGACCGAUGAGAGCGUCACUUUCGAGUAUCCCGAUGAGAGCCAGAUGCCCCACUCGCCCACCAUCGAGGGCAUGCGCUACAAGCGCACUCUGACUCAGUUCUCUCUCGAAAAGAAGGUAACUGUCGUCACGGGCGGUGCUCGUGGUUUGGGUCUCGUCAUGUCGCAGGCCAUCAUCAUCUCCGGCGCGGAUUUGGCCAUUGUCGACCUGAACAAGGACGAAGCCGAAUACCAGGCCAACAACUUGGUCAGACAAUUCAAGGAAGAGAACCCCACCUUGGAGCUCCCCCCUAAGAUUACCGCACACUAUGCCGAUGUCGCCAGUCCCGACUCGGUCAACAAGGCCCUGGAAGAGAUCAUCGCCCAGCACGGCCGCAUUGACAACCUCGUCACCUCCGCCGGUUUCACAGAAAAUUUCGAUGCCAUUCACUACCCCCACGAGCGGAUGCAGAAAUGCUGGGCCGUCAACGUUGACGGGUCAUACCAUUUUGCCACUGGCGUUGCCCGUCAUUUGAUCGAGCGCAAGGCCCCCGGUAGCAUUGUCAUGAUUGGCAGCAUGUCCGGUGCUGUUGUCAACGUUCCGCAACCUCAAGCUCCCUACAACGCCGCUAAGGCUGCUGUCCGCCAUCUUGCCUCGUCUUUUGCCGUUGAGUGGGCUCCAUAUGACAUCCGUGUCAACUGUAUCAGUCCAGGCUACAUGAUGACUGCUUUAACACGCAAGAUCCUUGAUGAGAACCCCGAACUGGAGGAGAAGUGGACCUCGCUGAUCCCUGCCGGCAAGAUGGGCGCCCCAGAAGACCUCAUGGGACCCGUUACCUUCUUGCUCAGUGACGCUGCCAAGUACGUCACUGGCGCCGACCUGAGAGUCGAUGGUGGCUACACUCUGACAUAA